AUGAUACUUUCUCCAGCAAGUAACUUGCGCUUGGGGUGGCUCAUCCUCGGCAUGUUCUUCAUUUUUGUAGACCCUGAGCUGAUACCCUUAUCCAUCUUCGAUAUUGGUGACCAUCCCUUCUUCAAGGUUCAGCAAUUGGUGAGCUGGCUCUUUUGGCUAUGUGAUGUUUUCGUGUCCUUCUUGAGCGGCUUUGACCGGAAUGGCCGGAUCGAGAUGCGCCCGAUUGUCAUUGCGAGAAAGUACUUGAAAACGAUGUUUCCGAUUGCAGCUUCGCCGCUAAGGAUUGAUGUGGUAAUGUUCGCCUUGGAUGCCUCACUUGGAUCAGAAGCCGGCGCAUUGAGAACGACCCGGAUCAUCCGAUCUUUGAGACUAUUGAGAUUGCUGAGGUUGCUCCGCGUUGGCAAGCUCAGGGCCAUUCUCAAAGCAUGUGAGAAGCGAUUACGCAACCCGUACUCUGUUCUGCUGCUGAAGUUAUCGUCUGCCUUGGCAACAGUUCUAUUGAUCAACCACUUCAUUGCUUGCGGCUGGUACUACGUUGGACUGGAAGGCCACCCCGAUCGAAACUGGAUUCUGCUGUCUGAUCUUGAGGGUUUUCCAUUUGCAGAAGUGUACAUCAGCGCGAUGCAUUGGAGUCUGACCCAGUUCAUGCCAGCCACCAACAACAUUGGUCCAGACAAUGUGUGGGAACGAUUGUUUGCUAUCAUGACAGUCCUUGUGGCCGUGUGCUUGUUCUCAUCCCUGGUGGGCUCGAUUACUGCUGCUGUGGGAUCCUUCCGCGCAGUGCAGGCGGAAAAGAUGAAGCAGGAGCAAGCCGUGGUGGCCUUCUUCGAGGAGAGGAAACUCUCGGCAGAGCUCUUCGAUGAUAUGCGGGAGCACCAAAGAGAAAGCCAGAAAGGAAAAGAGGCAGUUGCAGAUGUCACUACCAAAAUGUCAGACAUCCGGCUCUUCCGCGAGUGCCCAGAGUCACUGAAGCUUCGACUCUCAGAAGAAGUCUUCAUGCCCGCUUUCGACAGCCCGGGAUGGGUUCAAACUGAUAUCCUGACGACCGGCUUCUUGUACAAGGUCUGCCAUACCAUGCGCGAGCAGGUGGAGACACCUGGAAAGGACGUCUUUCUGCCGGAUCAGAUGGCAUCUUUGGCGUUCUUCGUGGCCUCCGGCACCCUGAGCUUCGCCGAGUCACAGGGCACACUGCAGAAGAGGAUAAUUGGCUCAGCUAUGAAGGUGCUUCCAGGCACCUGGCUAUGUGAGCCGGUGCUUUGGGCACAGUGGUUUCAUCGUGGACAGUUCUGGACAACCUCCACGUCCGUCCUGAUGUGCUUGGACAGUGCAAAGUUUGUUGAUUUAGCAGUUGAAGCUGGUGGCAGUACAUAUGAGUUUCUAUUUAUGUUCGGAAUCGUCUACGUUGGGAGGAUUGAGGCUCUAUGUUCUGAAGGCAAGAUUGUGACUGACCUAGGGUUGGAAGCGUCACAGAUGGAUGAUUUGGCAGACCGUUCGCGAAGGUUCCUUUCGGCACAGACCCGGUCGUUGAUGAAACAGAAAUAG